AUGCCCACCAUCUCCCCUGAAUCAAGUUUAGAAGACUUUGAGUAUGAUGAGCUUGCAGAAGCCUGUGAUAUGGGGGACAUCGUGGCCUUGGGAACUGUCUUCCUGGCCAUACUCUACUCCCUUGUCUUUGCCUUUGGCCUGGUGGGAAAUUUGUUGGUGGUGUUUGCCCUCAACAACAGCCAGAAGCCCAAGAGCAUCACUGACGUUUACCUCCUGAACCUGGCCUUUUCUGAUCUGCUCUUUGUAGCCACCUUGCCCUUCUGGACUCACUAUCUUAUAAACGAGCAAGGCCUUCAUAACGCCGUGUGCAAACUCACCACCGCCUUCUUCUUCAUCGGGUUUUUUGGAGGCAUAUUCUUUAUCACCAUCAUCAGCAUCGACAGAUACCUGGCCAUUGUCCUGGCCGCCAACUCCAUGAACAACCGGACCGUGCAGCAUGGCGUCACCAUCAGCCUUGGCGUCUGGGCAGCCGCCAUCUUGGUGGCCGCACCCCAGUUCAUGUUCACCAAACAGAAAGAAAACGAAUGCCUUGGUGACUACCCCGAGGUCCUACAGGAAAUCUGGCCUGUGCUCCGCAAUGUAGAAAUAAAUUUUCUUGGCUUCCUGUUCCCCCUGCUUAUUAUGAGUUACUGUUACUUCAGAAUCAUGCGGACACUUUUUUCCUGCAAAAACCAAAAGAAAGCUAAAGCCAUUAGGCUGAUCUUUCUUGUGGUCAUCAUGUUUUUCCUCUUCUGGACACCCUACAACGUCAUGAUUUUCUUAGAGACACUCAAUCUCUAUGACUUCUUUCCCAACUGUGACAUGAAGAGGGAUCUGAGGUUGGCCCUCAGUGUGACCGAGACAGUCGCGUUUACCCACUGUUGCCUUAAUCCCCUUAUCUAUGCAUUUGCUGGAGAGAAGUUCAGAAGAUACCUUUACCACCUGUACAGUAAAUGCCUGGCUGUCCUGUGUGGCCAUCCCGUCCACGUCAGUUUCUCCCUGUCCCCGUCUGAAUCACAAAGGAGCAGGCGAGAAAGUGUUCUGAGCAGCAAUUUCACUCAUUACACCAGUGAUGGAAAUACAUCCAUCCUCCUCUGA